GUGUACUAUUUCGCUGGUCUGUUCGGAAGCUCUCAUCCAUGCGAGAUGAGCUACUGCAGCAAACAAGUCAGCCAUUUACUCUCAGCACGAUGGUUAUUGCGCUGCUCUGGGUUCUAAUCUUGACAGCACGGACUCAUACAUCGGAUGAUUCUUUGCAGGGCCGAUACUCCGACCUGUAUAUGGCCUACGACCUCCGACAGUUCCUCGAGAAAGCAGGCCAUAUGAAAAAGAACUCACGGGUCGGGAAUUUCAAUUCUUUCCUAAAACCUCGCCCUAGGCUCAGUUUCGACACGAUCAGAUCGAUGGAGAAAAAGAUCAUUGCCAUGGAGUUGGAAGGCAAGAGUGCUGAAUGCCCAGCUAUCCUACCCAGCAUCCUUGAUAAUCUGACCGAGAGCUUGAAUCAACGAAACGCAGACUAUCCCUUGCACCGUUGGGCGUCAAAACAGCCUAUUCCUCCUGAGUUUGACUAUUCUCAGAUGCGCGACUUGAGCUUCCAUUUCAAGGGCACUAACUUCUGCGUAGCCAACUGGAGCUCAUAUAACACACAGAUUGACUUUGGACCUGCCCUUGGGCAUUAUCCAAGCUAUGUCCGGGUGAUGCCAGUUACCCUUGACGGAAUUGUCAUUUUUCUGCCUAGAUACAGGCAUCAAGAGUGUAGUUCGGAACAACUAGACCGAUUCGAUUUUAUGCUCAGCUUGAAAUCUCCCCAUAUGAAGGAGAUCCUUAAUAAUCCACUAGUUAAGAAACUAGCGAUAUGAUUAUCUUACUUCUCUCUACAUAAUUUGAAAGCACCUAGUGGAUUGUUGAAGAAAUCCCUACUAGUUCAUACUGUUAGAAAAGGAGAACAUUUGGUUUCCACCUAAAUUAGCCU